CCAGCAAGCGGAAGAGCCGAAGGAUGGCUCCCGCGGGCAGCGCGGUGCUGGCACUUGUGCCAUCGACGCUUCCGUCGGCCAAGCCGGGCGCGCCCUCCAUGGACGUCUUCCCGACGACUUGCGCCAUCUGCCUCGAUGCGAUCCAAGGGCCCAUGCUGCGCAAGCUGUGUUCCGAGACGUGCCCGGGCAUGCUCUGCGCCGCGUGCUUCCAGCGGUACACGGAGGUCCAUAUCGCGUCGAUCCUCCACGGCGUCGUCUCGACGCUCAAAUGCCCGAUCUGCGUUGUGCCGAUGAACCUCUUGCGCGUGCUCGAUAGCGUGGGCCCGGACGCCGUCGCGUCGAUCCGCGACGCGGUCGAGGCGUCUUGCGAGAUUCGGUGCCCGAUCUGCGACGAUACCUACGUGCUUUUGCCCGACGUCCACGACGAGACGAUCGAGCACUUGGCCACAGUCGCGUCCGAGCAGCAGCUCGUGGCGCUCUUCCCGAGCACGUUGCAACCGUUCGUUCUGCCGUUAUUGGCCUAUUGCAGCUACCGCCUCUCGGCGCCGGCCUUUUUCGCUCUCGUUCAAGCGCAAGAUGCAUUGUCCCUCGACGUGUUGCUGCCGGCGCUUCUCGCGCGCAUCUUUGACCCGCAGCGGCGCGCCUGCCUCUUCCUCGCGUGGCGACAAAAGGACCCGUUCAGCGUCACGUCGUGCUGCCACCACCCCGUGUGCUUUCUCUGCAAGACCGCGGGCCACCACAAGGGCGUCUCGUGUCGUGAGAACGCCGCGACGAUCGUCGACAUGGCGCAGUGCCCCCACUGCUUUUUGUACCUUGUCAAAGGCGAUGGCUGCGACUCGAUACUGUGCUUUUGCGGCACCUCGUCCAACUGGCUCGACGAGGUCGACGCACUGCGCCGUCGCAUGCUGCUUACGCCGUCCACCAUCGCCAGCUUUUCGCGCGUUCUCGCGUUCUUGCGUCGGUGCGUGCACCGUCGGCGCAUGGUCGACGUCGUGCUACCGCAGAUGACGGCCCGUGUUCUCGCGGCCAAAGUAGCUCGCAUUCAGCUCCGUCUCGCGCAGCCAGCGACAUGGCCGGCGCGGCAGACACUACUGCAGUACGUCUACCGCCGGCGCUACUCCCGGAGCGUGCUCGGACGCCUUCCCGCACUCGUCCAUGGCUGGCGCCAAGAGCACCUUCGCCGCGUCUUCUCGACAACGGUCGUUCCGUCCAUCCUCAGUGCCGUCGCGCACGCCCGCCAUGCGCGGAUCCGCGAAGUCUUGCGCACUUCGCGGCCGCGCCGACGCGCGUUGGAGCAGCUGGUGGUGGCAUUUCGCAGAGUGUGCUUUGGCCGGGCGCUGCAGCCCGUGCUGGAUCAAGUGCCCGCUGCUGUCGCGGCCAAGCGGCGGGUGCAGCUCAACGCUGCGUUGCCUCGGUGGGGACUCUUCAAGGCGCUCGUGCUACGCUGGGUGUACCGCAGUCGCUACCGGUCCAUUGUCGCUGCGAUGCCGGUCAUGUGCUGCAGUGGCGCGUGACGCAUUUCUGUAAAACCAACGG